AUGCAAAAGGAAGGUAUAAAGAUAAAGUGUGAGGGCAGGAAAGAUGUCGAGGAAGGAUUGGCCUGUCUCUCCUCCCUCAACCUCUCCAGUGGCCCAACUUCUGUCGAGAUGGACGCUGCCACAAUGACUCCGGCCCCUGAAGACCCAGCACCUGACCAUUGUGUAAGAUAUUCUCCUUCUCCUCCUCCUCAUGCACAAACUCCUUCCAAUCAAUAUCCUCCACCUUCCCAAACAUCUUUCAAUCAAUAUCCCCCACCUUCCCAAUCAUCUUCCUCAAAACUGCCCUCUCCCUCCAAAACCACAGUGACAACCUCAGCCUCCCAGAGAGCAGGGCCCUCCUCCCCCACCUGCAGUCUACCCCUUCCCCCAACGUGUCACCCUCCUCCCAAGUUACCUCUUCUCUUCCAGUCUAUUCUUCACCUCCCAUCUUCUCCUUCUCAUUUCUCAUCCUUCCUCCUUGCCUGCUCCCCAAAACCUUACAAACCUGUCUCUCUAACCCAUCCUACUCCUGCAACAGAAUAUGCCUUAGAUAUUCCUCUACCUCCUUUCACAAGAUGCACAUGCAUCAUCAGGGAUUAUGAAACAGACAACCCAAAGUCAGAGUGGAAUUUCAACCUGGCUUGA